ACGAGGUUUGCAACGUUGGAAUUGAAACGAUAAAUUGCCAACACCGUGUGCACACGAUCUCCGUAACGCGGAUACCGUAAUCGCCCGCUCGAAAACACUAAACUCGACUACUCCCGUUACUUCCGAUCCUGGGAGUAGUUAUCGCGUCCCGUGUUACACGAUUUGCUUCAAUUAUGGCUCGCGAUUUUUUUUCGAAAAAUCCUCUGUACGGUUUCGCCUGGCCGCUCCAAUACCGUUUAAAUUGGCGCUAAUAAACGAAAUUUCGCGACCGGCCGCCAAGCGUAUCGUUGUUUGCAACGUGUUGUUAACGAGAAGCGAGUAUCAAAUUUGGCGACGAAUUAUCUUCUUAAUCGGAGAAGAAAAAAGAAAAAAACACUUAGGCGAGGAUUGAUCUUCGAAAUCUUUCCAUUCUCUUUCCAUUCGACGUAACAAUUCAAUUUAAAAAUCGUAGCAGGACCGGCGCGCUGCAAAAUUUUCGGUUCGAAAUUUAUCAUUUUUCUGGGUCGAAAAUCACGGUCAUUUUUCACGGGUAUAAACGGUUUUUUUUCGAGCAAAAAAAAUAGUUGGAGAAUUUUCGUAAUAAACGUGUUAUAUUCUCGGCCAGAACGCAUGAUGAUUCUUGGUAAAUCGUCGAUUGUUGUAAUGUUACAGAUAUUAGAGACAUCUGUUAAUUUCGUUACGAAGAGCGUCGCUCGUUAAUUCCCACGACGUAUCAAAAUAAUGCUUGAUUUUCCAAUUCCAACGCUCUAAAAAAAAAGAAAAAAAACCUCGAAACGACAGACAAUGCGCCCAAACAAUUUCGAAUAAUCACACUUACGAUGAAUUUACUUAUCGACAUGCAUAUACGCAGCCGCGCGAGAAAAAAUCCGGUUCCAAAAAUUUGAAAAUGCGGGUCCAAAAAUCCCUUUGGGAGAUGCGUAUGCAUACGCGAUUACCCUUUAUUUUCGCGCGCGCGCGCGGGGAAAGUACGUUUAAUAAACGGUAAACGGAAUAAUGAAUUCAACGCUUCAACGCUUCAACGCGUGGAUAAACAACGGAAUCAGAAGCAGAGUUUUAAUCCGCGCAUCGAAUCGCUCUCUCGACACGCCAAACUUCCGGGGCUAUUCGUUUAUUAUUAUUAUUAUUAUUAUCAUUGUCGUUACUAUCGUUAUCAUUGCUAUCAUUAUUAUCAUUAACGGAGAGGGUUGCAAGGGAAGGAGAAGAAUCCAAACGCAGUCGGUUCAUUGUGGAUUCGCGUUAUUCCCGUUUAGAAACGGGGGAAUCGUAAUUUUGACCAGCCUUUGAACGGAUUUACCGCGGUCUCUCACGGGGCUGGCCGUUACGUCUCUAUCAUUAAAAUUAGAAUGGUCGACGCUCAGAGGAAAUUACAGACCGCCGGAACUCGCGGUGGAUACCGAGGCGAAAAUCUAACAACUAUUCCGGAUACGAAAUGCGCUGUAUGUAGUGUGUCUGUGUACGUAUGUGUGCGUGUGUAUGUGUGGAUUCGUAGGAAAAAUUUCCCGCUACGAACUUUGUCAGAAUUUUCUUCCUUCGACCCUAAGCUUUUUAUCCCCGCGUUUCUUCUCGUUUCUUUUCGAGAAGGGAAACAGUUUCGAUCGUUCUUCCGUUUUUUCUUUCUUCAGUGAAAAACCACCACGUGUUCGGUGGUUAUUCGCGAGUUUAUUGCGGAGAUCGGAAGAGAGAUGCGGGCGAUAAAAUUUUAAGAAUAAAGUUGGUUCGAAAUGAUUCCUCGAAUUACCAAGGUUGAUGAACAACAGGCGGGAUUAAGGGAAAGAGAUUAUGGUUAACCGUGUUUAAAAAAGGGGAAGGAAAAAAGGUUGUUCCAAGAUUUUAAAUAAAGUAAUUGAAGUAAUUGAAGUAAUUUUAUUCGAAAUUUUAAUUAGUUAAUUUCUUAUUCCGUUAAUAUUCUGCUCUCCUCUUGCUUUUCUCGUGCACGUUGUAUAUAUAUAUAUAUAUAUAUACAUGGAACGAAUAAAUCGUGUUUUUAAAGCUUCUCGAUGUCACUCGCUGCUUUCAGUGUUAAUUGAUUGCGGGGAAAAAAGAAUUGCGUUAACUAAUCGUCAAUUGUUCCACUACGUAGUGGAACUUUUUUCUCUAGAUUUGGAAAUUUGACAAACACGAUGUACUCUUUUAUCCUUCCUUGAACGAUUUCUUGGAAAAAGGAUUUAUGGACACCAGCGAUCAAUUAUAUUAAAGGAAAAUGUGGGGGAAAAAAAGGAAUUUUUGAAAAAUACGCUACAUUGUUGUAGCGAAACUGUUUACUACCGUUAACGCUUUCCUCAAAGAUAAAUUUUGCUAUAAAUCCGUGUCGUAUAAAUCCUGCUGGCCAUUUGCACGAUCGAUAUAUUUUAUUAUAGCGCAGCUUAACCGCUGCAAAUUAUUCGAAUGGAACGAAUGAAAUAACGAGUGUUCGUGAUAAUUGCACGAUUUGCAGCCUUAUAAAUUCGAUCGGUCGGUUAAAUUCGGAUCGUCUUCCAAUUGAAAUUAAAUAAUUUCUUCGAAUUCAAUAUUUUCCAAAGCUUUUUUCGUCCUCGAAAAAUCGAAUCAAUUAAAUAAUAAUUUUCCACGAUCAAAAGUGGAAAGAAUAUAUGUCCAAAAGUAUCCAUCCUUAAUCCGAAAAGCAAGAAAGGGGGGGAUAAUGGGAAUAAUGUCGCCGACUAUAGGGUGUGACCUAAUAAAUCCACGUUGAAAUUCAUCGACACGUAACCAGCAUAGGAUUCAAUUAUUCCGAGCAAAGAGGAAGAGGAAGAGGAGGAGGAGGAGGAGGAGGAGGAGGCGAUGGUUAUUAAUUCAUGGGAGUUUUUUUUUUUUCGUGGAUUAUGUAAAUCGAGUUUUAUCGCUCGUUUGGAUAUCUGGCAUCUUUGAAACUCGUUGAAUGAUGCAAAGCCUUUUUAAAGAACCCGGCUUCGAAUUUAUUGAAACACGAGGCAUCGAUGAUCGUCGAUGGCGAUCGAAUUAUAUAUCAAAUGUCCCGUUACGCUUCAUUUAAAUUUAUCCUCGACAACAUCUGCGCUCAGAGCAGAAGAGAAGAAGGAAAGCAAAGGAGGAGCGUUAAAAUGAAUAAAAUGGAACGCUGCGCUGUUGGCAAAUCUAUCUUCGUCUCGAUAACUUUUUCGGAAAAAAGGAAAGAAAAAUUAAAAUCUUCGACAAAAGCAACGAUAGAGGCAAAUAUUUUUCCCGUUUGCAAUGGGAACGCGGAUGCAAAUUCCGUUUGAGAAAUUACAAAAAUUAUAAUCAUACUUAUAUAUAGAUCGGAAAUGGAUCAUUCUUUUUUUUUUUUUUUAGUUUCACGAUGAUCCAUUAUUCAUGGAUUCUACCGACAAAGAGGUGUACGAUCCAGAAUUAUAAUAAAGUGGAGGAGGAGGAAAAAUCGGGGAUUUCUCCUUUCUGGGCCCUUCCACGAUAUCGUUUCUCCGCCAAUUUGGAUUCUCGUAUUCUUGUUCGAGGAUCUAAGGAUAAAGGGGUGGCGAAUCGUGGCCAUUCAUUUCGAGAACUGCACUCGAAGGAAUCGCGUUUUUAAUCGCGGCCCAUUACGAGCGAAAAAUCUCGACGAUUUGUCCCGGUAAUAAAGUUAUUUAUUUUCAAGUAUCGGAAGGGUAGGGUAUCCGAGAAAGUACGGUGGAGAAGGAUGGAUUUAGCUAUAGUUUAGGAUAGGAAAUGGUUAUGAAACGAGAUGGUUGCCGAACGAUGAUGGUCGGCGGUUGGAUAAAAAGAGGAACAACGACCACGGCGACGCUCUGUCCCCGUAAAAAGGUAACAGACGCAUCUGCGGUGAAUAGGCACUUCGUCCUGAGGAGGAACAAUCGUCUCCGACCUGUUUGUGAAAACGGAAAAGUGUCGCUAUACGUCAUGCACGAGCGGUCGAUGCACGGGGAAUAAACGUUUCUGGAGCAAAACGACGAGAGAAAAAUACAAAAGGGUCGAGGAGGCAGGGAGAUAUUCAGGCGCCGCUGUAUUUUUUUUCUUUUCCUUUUCCUUUUCCUUUUCCUUUUUUUCCCCCCAUUUUUUCUCUCGUUGUGAACAGCCGCGAAAUACUCAAACUCGAAAAUAGACGAAUAGGUAAAAAUCGAUUCGUCCUUUCGUCACGUCUUUUCUUUUAAUUUUUCGAAAUUUGCCGAGAUUAUUUUUAACCUCGAACGAGAUGUACCCUGACGUAUGCGCGAUGAUACUAUUUUUAUCGAUGAAGAAAAAUGAAGUAAAUAUUAGAUAAAUAAAUAAAUAAUGCGAAUUGAUCGUUAAGAGAAGUUAAUUGCCCCUUUUCCAUUAUUGGAGUCGAUAUAUUUUCGUCCUCGCGUUCUCGUUCUCGAUUUUUCGAUUCUUUUUCUUUCCUUUUUUUUUUCCCCUUCCCCUUCUUCUUCGAAUCUUAUUCGCGUUUGUUGCAAGUUUAUCAUCGCGUUCCAAUGGUUAAAAAACGAACGCGCACUCGUUAGCGGAGAACGAGCUCGUGUGUAUUGAUGUAAACGAGAAAAAGGGAUUAAAAACGGGGGAAUAAUCCACCGGCAAAGUGGUCUCAUUUAUGUAUGCAUGGUUUAACCCCAGCAGCAUUUCCACUUGGCAUAGUCCUCUUUUUUUUUUUUUUUUCUAUUUUUUUUUCUUCUUUUUUUUUCCUCCCCUCCACCCCUCUGCUCGCCGCGCUAACGCUAAAAUCGGUGAAGUUUUUUAAUCACCGCCACCCCACAGGCCACCACGCUGAUAUCUGACGUGCCACGCGUCGAGAAUCGUAAUUGCAUUUCAAAACGGUGGUGAAGCCAGCCAGCGCCACCCCGACCUGUUAACGCGGACGGGAAAGUUUUUGGCUGACUUUGGAAACCGCCUUAUUGGGCGGUGGCUGGUACCUCUCCCUUCCCUCCUCUCUUGAAAAUAUCUAGGAAAAGAUGAGAGAAUCGAUGGAGAGAAUUAAAUUCCAUCGUGAAAUUCAGUGGAAUGCUAAUGAAACUUCGACUCCAGAUGUCCGGAUCCCUGUUUCAACCAAAGAAUAAUAAUAGUUCGUUCGAAAUAUACGUACAUAUCUCUCUACUCGCGUUUUCUCUCCUCCUCCUUCCUCCUCCUCCCCCCCUCCAUUUCCAUCUUCUCGCUCCUCCUCGUUCACGCGUAAUUAUCGUUAACACGGCAAAUAUCGUUAACAAGGAAACCGGUUUUCUUCUACCAUGGAUCGGAAAAUGGAUCGGGGACAGACAGUUGCACAGCUUCAGAAUCGAGUCUCCUGUUCGAGUUAGCAGUUCAACAUGCCCUUGAGAGAUCGAGGCAUGUCGAGCCAUCGGGACCAACUUUUCCUCUUGAUGGUGAAUCUGGUGGCGCUGAUACUCCAUUCGACCGGCUCGAGAUCCCCGAAUUCGAAGCUCGCGGAGACCCUCCAUCGCCCCAUCCGAUCCCUCACGUUUCCGGAAGAGAGCACCUUAGGUAUAUUCGUCGCGCUGGCCAUACCGCUCGAGGAUCCCUACAAGUCGAUCUCCAUAGCCGAUUUCUUCGAGGCGACGUACGACCUGCCCACCAACGUAACCGACGAAUACCUCUGGCUCAGCGACGGGAGACGAAGGAAGAGGAGAAGCUUGGACAGGGUGACGCUUUAUCAAGUCAUAGAGAGCAAGUUUGACAACUACGGGUAUCAGGGUCACGAAUGCCUGCUGAGGGCCAUUUGCGAAACUUCGGAGCACUCCCUCCUCAGACAUAACGGACUCAUUGGUGACAUUCUGCACGUGAUCUUCACACCGACAAGCUCGCGACACGAACUACUGCCGCAGGACAUUCUUCAGGCUGAAGUGGUCGGACGUAAUGGAAGCUGCUCCGAGUACCGACCGCAAUGCCCCGUGGGACUCUUCGACUUGAUUGGAGUCCUCGGUUGAGCCCAGAAAAACCACCAAGGUGUACCGCCGCUUGCACUCCGAUCGGGUAAACAAUUCGAUUUCACGCUUCCACUUUCACGAGAUACUCCCCGUUCCAGUUUCCCGAGGAUCGCUUGGAAUACCGUAUCGGUCCGUAAUGGAUUGAUCGUUUCGCGAUCCAACGAUCGUAUCAUAAAUUAUAAGAAAAGUUUAAGAGUGAAGGGGACGACCAAGUUUUUUUUUUUACCAACUCGAAUCGCGUCUAAAACUAAAACUAAAUAACGUAAGUAAAAAAGAGUCGAGAAAGAAUCGCUUCGAAAGAUUUGUCGGAGAAGAAAAGAAAGUUUUUAAAUGGAAUACAAAGGAUUAUUUAAAUAUGAUUCUAAUUCUUCUUCUUCUCGAUAAGAACUAUGAAUUUACGUGUAAAAGAAAGAAUAAAUAAUGUCGUCACGCUGUUUUCCAUAAGAAAUUGUUAAAAAAUUGAUAAAUUCUUUUUUCUUUUUUUAAUUAAACGUUCAAUUAACGACAAGUUCUCGAUUGUAAAUAAAGAAGCAAUCUCAGAGUUGAUUCCGAGUCCGUCAAACAACCCCCUUUCGCAAUUCGCGCGGCCGUAAAUUCCUGAGAUUUCCUUCCCUGAGAUUUCGUCCCGCUACAUCACGUUUAAUUACAACCCUUCCAAAACAACGGAAGCGCGCGAAAGAAAUAACAGGUGCGACGAUACGGGGCUCUAAAAGUGUCUCUGAAUAACCCUAUCACGGAUAUACAUACACAAGAUUUAUCCUUCUCUCGAGAAAUAAAAUUACAAGUCUCG